AUGGAAUAUGUUGUCACUUUAGACCUGGAAGUUAUCCGAAAUUGUGACCACGCCAUAAACAUAUUUCCGCCCGUAGGGUAGGAUUUACUGAAAACCAAACCAUCGAAAUACUGAAACAAAAAAAACUCGCCAGUAACGCCUGCUUCACACUCAAAGUCACAGUAGGAAUUUUUCAUAGGUAAAUUCUAAGUUUUGAAGGAUUUGCAAGAAAUGUUUUGAGGAAACUGACUCAGUGUUUAACACUAAGCCAGUUCCCACAAACUUUUCUUACAAAUCCUUCAAAACUUAGAAUUUACCUAUGAAAAAUUCCUACUGUGAUCACAGAAACUUUGAGUUGAAGCAGGCUUAACAUUCUAUUAUAUCGCGUACAACGAUUUUUAGACACUACAACCCCUUCUUCACAAGCUGCUCUCGCUCAAGCCAAAGGUAACCCUGGCGAUCAGUCGAGUGAAUUUCAAACCAAUCAAGGAUUUCGUAAUUCUGGUUGUUAUAAAGACACUGAGAGCAGAGCUCUACCAUCAUUGGAAGGUAAGAAUGUUCGUUGCCCAAACGAGCAUUAGAGUUGGUAGACUGCGAGAAGUCCCUCUUUAGAAAGAAAGGAGGGACUGCAGACAACGCAUCCAGGAACGAAAUACGCGUUGUCCACACAAUGCAAAAUUCCGAUUGGUUGAUAUAGUCGAUUGACAGAUCUCUUUUUUGAAAUGAGACUGGACCGACCAACAAGUUGUGUUCGCACUGCCUGUUCCAAGUUUUCAAUAGGUAUGGAACAAUUUGUAACAACUUUGUCGAUAUUAUCAGACUUCUUGCAAGGUUGUCCCAACAAGUCCGAUAAACAGUUAUGAUAUAACAAUAUUGUUACAACCUUUAGUUGUCAACCUUGUAACAUUCUUGUUAUAUCAUGACUGGAUCAGAUUUGUUAGAACAAUCUUGUAACAAGUCCGAUAAUGCCAUCAAGCUUGUUAUAUACUUAACAAUUAUUCGCCGAAGGCGAGGUGAUUAUCGGUGAAUAAAAAUCGAGACGAAGUCGAGGUUUUUAUUCACGAUAAUCACCGAGCCUGAGGUGAAUAAUUGUUUUAGUAUAAUUUCAUAGGUAAUUAUUUGGAAAAAAAUAAGAAAGUACACAUUUCUUUGUCAUUUAAUUGACAAAAAGGCUUCGGCCGCCAUUUUGAAAAUCGCUUAGGUGAUUAUCGCGUAAUAAUCACCUCAACGGCAACCAAUCAGCGUGGAGAAUUUUCAAUAAUCACCUUGUAAUUAUACUAAAAGUUGUUAACAGCUUGUUCCAAACAUGUUAUAAUACAACAACUGGGAACAAACAGUGCGAACACAACUUGUAGACAGUUUUUGAACAGAUUUGUAACAACUUGUUUGCAGACCUGUAACAACUUGUGCGUUUUGACGUGUGUAGGUUCAGACCCAGACCUGACUGGAUUCUACAAGCAGAGACAGGAGCCGAUAACAAAGUGUGCCGCAAUAGCUCGCAGUCGAGGCUAUCAAUUAUUCGCCAUUCAAAAUGGCGGCAUGUGUCUAUCUGGACCCAAAGCUCACGAAACUUACAAGAUCCACGGCCUGGCGAGAAAUUGCAAGGAUGGAAAAGGAGGGGAGUGGGCGAACGAUGUUUAUAUUUUCAAUGGUAAGAUGAAAUGUUUUGCUAUGCGUUUAGUAGGAUUG